CCUCAAAAAGUAGUAAGCAAGCAACACACCUGUAAGCUUCGAAUAAAAUCAUUAUCCAAUCAAAACUCAGCACAAGAUCUGUACCAAAAUCAGAUUGUCAAAGCCAAACACCAAAUAACUACUACUAGAAACUACUCCUCUACAACUACUACACCAACAAAGAGGAACACAGCUUCUUCUCGUCUUCUGGUUCCUCAAAAUAAACCUUAAAAUCUCUCACUGUUCUCAACUCAAUGCCUUGUCUCUAACUACCCUAAAAACAAUAUGUCUUGGCUUUUCAAAUCACUCCAAUCCAACGACCCAGGUUCACCCCCACACUCUCCUCCCCCUCCUUCAGUUAAAGACCACUUGUCGGCCAUCGGUGUUUCUAUAGGUCGUCAAUUACGUGGCGUUGCUAACUUCCUCGCCCCUCCACCCCCGUCCCGUCCUGAAGCAGCCAAAUCACAACCGUCCGAUUCUUCUCAAUCAUCACGAGCUCUCAUCGGGAUUCGCAACGAUCUCGCCGAAAUCGGUGACAGUUUAAAAUAUGGUCUCUCUAAACUCACUUUUAAUUUCUUGCGAUUUAAAGAUGAUGAUCAUAACAACAGUAGUCAAGAAGGUGAUUAUGAGGAUGGCGUGGCGGGGAUUAAUGAGGAGGUGAUUGGUUUUGUUAAGGAGAUUUCUCUGAGACCUGAGUACUGGGUUGAUUUUCCUUUACCACUCCAAAACGAUUUUAGAAUGACUGAUGCUCAAAGAGAACACGCCUCAAAUAUUGAACGUUUUGUUCCUAGUUUGGCACAACUUAGAUAUAAUCUUAGGAGUGAAACGGGGGAUGGCCGAUUUUGGAUGGUUUAUUUUAUAUUGUUGAUUCCAAGAUUGAAUGAAGGUGAUUUCGAGAUUCUAUCGACUCCCCAGAUAGUUGAAACAAGAAAUGUACUUCUGGAGAAGCUGCGAAACAAGAAGAAUGUGAAGUUGGAAAGCUCCAAGAAUUCUAUCAGUGAGACACAAGGAGAGAAUACAACAUCUAGAGAAGAGGUCGCCGGGAUUGUAUAUGCUACUGAAGGCUUAAAAAUUAAUGAUGAAGAGAAUUCUAAGCAGUUUUUAAAAGAGCAAAUUGAUAAUAGCAUUUCAAUGGAUAACCGGAAAAAGCUUGAAGGCAAAGAGGAUGUGUCAUUCAGCGAUCUGGAAGAUGAUUAUAGUGAUUCUUCAACAAGAUUAUCAGCUUCUAGGAAAGCACAGAGCAUUAGGGCUCCUUCACCCAGUGGAUCCAGCGAUUGGGUCCAACUGAAUGAAAGCUCUGACAUUCUGGGUGGUCUACGUAAGGCAAGGCAGUCAUUUUCUCGUGAUAAAGAUUCAGAUGCCGAGUCCACUGACUGGCAUAAAGUUGAUGAGUUUGAUUAGACUAUUGGUGAAUGUUUGAUAAGUGAUUUUAUUGUAAAGUUUCUACAAUUUUUCCCCUUUCCCUCUGGUUUCUGCACUUGCAGAAUCCCACCUGUUACGUUCGUUUCAACAUUUUUUCUUCCUCCCUCUGGUUUCUUUACUUUGUGGAACCCAACCAGUCACGUGUCCAUUGUUCUUAGCUGAUAAUUAAGUCAGUAUAAUUACGUGUUAUUCUAAUGGUUUAUGCUAUUCUAUAUGCUUCAGUUAAGGAAGUAUUGGAAUUC